UCUUUUUAGUUAACUACAAAUUUAGUUCAAAAUGGAGAUUGAGGCGGGUGAGAGAGCCCCAUUAUCGGGGUGCAGUAAAGUAACCACAUUUAUUGCCAACCACUGGAAAGGUUUAGUCGUAUUUCUAGUGCCUCUAUUAUGUUUACCUGUGAUGUUAAUGAAUAAUACUCCUGAAUAUCGUUGUAUGUACCUGCUUAUUGUUAUGGCUAUAUUUUGGGUAACUGAAGCCUUGCCCCUCUAUGUCACCUCAAUGAUUCCAAUUGUAGCGUUUCCUGUAAUGGGUAUAAUGAGUUCCGAUCAAACGUGUAGAUUAUAUUUCAAAGAUACACUUGUAAUGUUUAUGGGUGGCAUUAUGGUCGCCUUAGCUAUUGAAUAUUGUAAUUUACAUAAACGUUUAGCUUUGCGCGUUAUACAAAUUGUUGGCUGCAGUCCUAGAAGAUUACACUUUGGUUUAAUUUUCGUUACCAUGUUCUUGUCCAUGUGGAUUUCGAAUGCUGCCUGUACCGCUAUGAUGUGUCCCAUUAUUCAGGCCGUUUUGGAGGAAUUACAACAGCAAGGUCUUUGCAAAAUGAAUCGUGAACCACAAUAUCAAAUUGUGGGCAACAAUAAGAAGAAUGGUGAAGAAGAACCACCAUAUCCUUCCAAAGUUACCUUAUGCUAUUUCUUGGGUGUUGCCUAUGCCUCCUCCAUGGGUGGUUGCGGUACUGUUAUUGGCACUGCCACCAACUUAACCUUCAAGGGUAUCUAUGAAAGUCGUUUCCCCACCUCUACCGAAACUUUGGAUUUCCCCACUUUUAUGUUCUAUUCCGUGCCCUCUAUGUUGAUUUAUACUGGUUUAAUGUUCUUGUGGCUGCAGUACCACUAUAUGGGCUUAUUCCGUCCCAAGAGCAAAGAAGCUGAGGAGGUUAAAUUGGGUAAUCAGGGAGCCGAUGUUGCCCGUAAGGUUAUCGAUCAACGUUAUAAGGAAUUGGGUCCUAUGAGUGCUCAUGAAAUUCAAGUUAUGAUUUUGUUUAUCAUCAUGGUUAUUAUGUAUUUCACCCGUAAACCAGGCAUUUUCCCCGGUUGGGCUGAUUGGUUGGAUGCCAAAGAUAUUCGUAACUCUAUGCCCACCAUUUUUGUGGUCAUUAUGUGUUUCAUGUUGCCCGCCAAUUAUGCUUUUAUGCGUUAUUGCUGCAAUCGUCGUAACUUGGAAUUGCCCACUGCCCCAACUCCUUCUUUGAUUACGUGGAAAUUUAUUCAAUCUAAAGUACCAUGGGGUUUGGUAUUCUUGUUGGGCGGUGGUUUUGCUUUGGCUGAGGGCAGUAAAGUCAGUGGUAUGGCUACUUUGAUUGGUAAUGCCUUGAUUGGUUUGAAGGCUUUGCCUCAUGCUGUUCUAUUGUUUGUCAUCAUUAUUGUGGCUGUUGUUUUAACGGCGUUCAGUUCGAAUGUUGCUAUUGCUAAUAUUAUGGUUCCUGUUUUGGCUGAAAUGUCAAUUGCCAUUGAAAUUCAUCCUUUGUACUUAAUCUUGCCUGCCGGUUUGGCUUGCAGUAUGGCCUUCCAUUUGCCAGUCAGUACACCACCCAAUGCUUUAGUAGCUGGUUAUGCUAAUAUUCGUACAAAGGAUAUGGCCAUCGCUGGUAUUGGUCCCACCGUUAUCAGUAUCAUUGUCUUGUUUGUAUUCUGUCAAACAUGGGGUUUGGUAGUGUAUCCCAAUCUUACCACAUUCCCCGAUUGGGCACGUACCAUAGCACUAAAUGCUACGCAUUAAAUGUUGCAUCCACAACAACAACAACAACCACAUCCCUCUAAACAUCAACCAACACACCAACCACUACAUCCUAAAUUAGUUUUUAAGUUUUUUAAAACGAUUUUUUUUUUUU